AUGCUCGACUCACGCCCAUCCCAACCGAUGGAUUUUGCCGACUUGAAGCCUGCGCGGCGCUGGUCCGACUUCCCACGCCGCUUGACGCAGAAUUCUCGAUGGAUCUACGUCGCCUUCUUCGCCAUUCCGGGCCUGCUGCUGCUUUUUCUGUCCUAUGCCUAUCUGCAGCCGAACACCGUUACGCCCACCGGCGUGGCCUCCCCUGAUCAGACACAAUCCGCCACUGCGACGCCCACGUCCUCUCCGGAGUUGACCUCCAUCACUCUUCACCAGGAAGGCGAGGCAGGUGCAAGUCAUCUCGACCACUCGACGACUCCGCUCGUGCGACCCGACGGAAUCCGAAUCGUUGGUGUUGUCUUUUACGGCCGCCGGGACCGCUCCUCGGUCUUGGAGUGCUAUUUGCGCAAGAACCUGGCCUCCAACGGUGGCUGGCUCGAUGAAGUUAUCUGGGCUGCCAACACUCAAGACCAAGAUGAUCUUGCAUACGGGGAGGAGAUCGCCAAGACUGCCGACGAGUACACAUACAUGCCGAUCAAUACCGGCGGGUUUUCCGGAAUCUAUUUUAAGGCCUUCAAAGAGCCCGAUACCAUCUAUGUCAAGAUGGACGACGAUAUCGUCUUCAUUGACCAAAGUGCCAUUCCUCGUCUCGUGACGACACUGCUGAACAGCCCGCGAAGCUUGUUGGUCUCGUCCAACGUUGUCAACAAUCCCGCUUUGGGCUGGGUACACUACCACAUGCGUGCUGUGCACCCUUACGUACCAGAGGUUAUCCCGGAACCAGACGAACUGUCGACCAAAGAAAAUGGCUUCUGGAAAGCCUCCGAGCUGCCGACCUGGAACGAGUCUGACUCCAAGUGGCAGAUGCCCGAUCUGGACAAAUUCUACGAGCUCUUUGGCGUAAACGAUAAACCGAGCGUUCCAAAGCACCGAUGGAUUCCGACUAGAAACUUGACUUAUCUCUACCAAACGCCGGUCGCAGCCUCGGAAUAUGACGCUUUUGGAAACAACUUGCACCACUGGCCGCUGGCUGCACAGGCGCACUAUUCAUUGCUACAAAAUAUUGAAGAGAAGCGACUGGGUCGUUAUUUCAUGGUGCACGGCAGUGACGAGGAAGCUGUAAGCACAUGGGAUAUGCGUGGAAGCCGUAUCAGCAUCAACUUCAUGGCCAUACGAGGAAUCGACAUUCUCAACAAUGCGAUGAAAUUGACGGGAGAUGACGAGCAUAUUUUGACUGUGGAACUACCCAAGCAGCUGAACCGAGCUGUCCUCGUUGAAACCACGUCCGUUGUUGCUCACUUCGCCUUUGGUCCCCAAAAGAACCUAAUUAAGACCGACAUCCUCGAGCGAUACCACAAUUACGCCGCAGAGAAAAUCUGUCCAAACUCUAUUCUCGAACCUGAGACUGUUCUCGCACCUUCCAAGAGGUCAAAUCUUCCAAUCACGCCGAACGAAAAAAUCUAA